CUUUCUGGGUGCUGCUUUUCUAUCUUAAUUUAACAAUUAAUACAUACAAAUAUAGAGUUUGAAGAUGAGAAUCUCAGGUAAAAUAUUGACAGAAGAAAGAAGUUACUUUGCACAGUUUAAUGGGGUUGAACAUGAGAUGGUGGUGGAACCAUAAACAAGUCAUUUUAGGGUUCCACGCUGGAAGCUCUGACAGUAUUUCACAUUCUCACUUGGACCAUGAUUGGCUAGGGUUUGCUCAAUUAACAGCUAAUACGUAAUGACAUCUCCUAUUGCACAAUCCAAGUUGAUAUAUUUCAAGAUACUGCCAAAAAUGAUUUUAGGUUAGCUUCUAAAUAAGUAUUUUCAGUUUAA